ACACUCGCUUGUUUGCCUUCAGAGGGGCACCGAGCCCCUCAGACAAAUUGGGACCAUGCUACCCUGGAAGAGGAGCAAGUUUAUGCUGGUGGAGGAUGAUUCCAAGAGCAAAGCAAAGAGCCUGAGCGCUGGACUCACCUACCACUCACUGUUGUCCUCACUGCUGAGGUCGUGCCCUGACCUGGUGCCCGAGUGCCCCUUCCACUGGCUCGCCGGGGUUUUCCACAGCAAGCGCCAGAAAGUGGAGCUAAACAAGGAAGAGCCCAUAUACAGCGUCCGCUACCUGGGAAGUGUAGUGACUGUCGUGGCCAAGGGUGAGGGCUGCACGCAUGAUGCUGUCGCCAAGAUCUGGGCAUCCAGCAACUACGGUGAGCAGAGCAUCAAGAUGAAGCUGAGUGUAGGGCCACACGGCAUACGCAUGGGUUGCCGCAGGAAACCCCCACACCUCUACACUCUUAACCGGAUCACCUACUGCACAACAGACCCCUACCGGCCCAAGAUCUUGGCCUGGAUCUACCGGCACCAGGUCAAGCACAAGGCAGUGGUUCUGCGUUGCCAUGCUGUGCUUUUGGCCAAGGCGGACAAGGCUCAUGCUAUUGCUCUUAGUCUGUACCAGAACUCUAUUUCAGCCUUCAGUGAGUUUAAGAGGCUCAAACGCCAGAGUGAUUUCCGUCAUCGCAAACAGGAGCUGCUGGGGGAGGACAUCAUGCCACUCAUGCCCCUACGGAAGCUGCUGAAUGGACAGUGUCAUUAUCAGCCACCAGUAGACAGGCCUGGCAAUUCUAACCGCCUGUUCUCCAUCACCGAGGAGGAUGAGGAGGAGGAGGAGGAGGUGGAGGAGCAGGCAGACAACAAUGAGGAUAAAGCAUCAAAUACUGAUCUGCCAAAUCCCGGGCCAGAGGAACCCCCUGAGAGAGAGCUGGGAUACAUAGUUCAUGGACUAGACGGGGUUUCAAUCACCAUCAGAGACGAGGUGCACAUGACGCUCAGCACACUUGUGUGACCGCACAUGGAUAUCAGACGGUGUGCAUUUCUUUCUUCCUUUCUCCAUUCUCCUCUUUACUCUCUGUUCACUUCUCUCUCCUCACAGCCCUCCGAUUCCUGUAGAGGGUGAUCCGGUCCAACAUCAGCAAGUUUUGAUGCUGAGUU